AUGGCUGUCAAAACUUUUCAAUUUCUGGUAUCCCUUUUUCUUCUCCUAGUGAUUCUGAUAAACUUUGUUCAACCAGAACCAACUGGGCAUCCAUUCAAGUCCAUCCAGAACCUUGUGGGAAGCCAGAAAGGUCAAUCUGUUUCCAGGCUCCACCUUGUAAAACAGUAUCUGAAGAAAUUUGGCUACUUGAAUUACGAUCUUUCAAGUAACAAAGUCCCGAACCAAGCCAACAAUGACGUGUUUGAUGACCUUUUGGAGUCUGCAAUCAGAACUUACCAGCAAAAGUUUCAUUUGGAAGUCACCGGAAAGCUAGACAAUCAUACCGUGAAUCAAAUGACGAAGCCUAGAUGUGGUGUACCUGAUAUUUUCAGUGACACAAAGCACUACAAUAGUUCCAACUCUUCUGAUGGGGUAGCUACUGCUGACUAUUCGUUCUUUCCUGGAGCCCCUAAGUGGUCCAAAAAGAUUUUGAAGUAUAAGAUCGGCGCGACUGUCCAAGUGGCUGGCUCAGAAAACUUCAAGUCUGUUUGCAUACAAUCAUUUCAAAAAUGGGCAGAAGUUACUGACUUUCUGUUCAAGGAAGUGACUAGUUCUGCUGAUGCUGAUAUUGAAAUUGCCUUUAAACGUCUAGACCACGGAGAUAAUCAUCCAUUUGAUGGCCCUAGAGGAAUCUAUGCCCAUGGUUUUAGACCACCUAUUGGGAUUCUACAUUUUGAUGCUGAUGAAACUUGGAGCAGCAAUCCUGGGCCUCUUGAGCUAGACCUGGAAUCCGUCGCUGUCCACGAAAUAGGUCACCUACUCGGACUUGGUCACAGUGAGGACCAUCCAGAGUCAAUCAUGUAUCCAUACUUCGACUAUGGGAAGAAAAAGAGGAAUUUGCAGGAAGAUGAUAUUGAAGGUAUCCAAGACCUCUAUGGGCUGGAUUAA